GGCCAGGAGCCGGGGGAUGAGGGUCUGCCAGAGCCGGGUUCCAGUCCAGCUCCCGCCAGGUUCCUCGGGGCGGUGUGAGCAGGCGCGCUCUCUUCCCCGGGCACCCAAGCCCCUCGCAGGCUUGUCCUGAAAUUCCCAGUGAUGGGUCAGGACCCCUGGGGCGGAGUGUGAGAGCGUGACGCCGCCCGCGAGGCCCGCCGGGGCCUGUCAGCGGGAAACGGAGGUGUGGGGACAGGGGCGUUCCCUGGGCAGCGAGCAGAGGCGAGGCAGGUGGGCUCGCUGAGGUGGGCUGGCGACCCCGAGAACCGUCUUCCCCGCGGUGCAUUCAGGCUGCCUCGACGCGAGGAGGGCAGGGGCUGCGGUCGCGGCCGACUCCUUGGUGACGGAGUCCCUCCCUCGUGCUCGUCGCUGUCCCCGUGCUCUGGUCAUGAUGCCUCUGAGAAGACAGCUGUUACUCUGUGUCCUGCAACGUCUGAUUCUGCCUUUGAAGGUCAAGCGCGGGAGGCAGAGCCUUGAAAAUGGGCUCCCCGGUGUACGUCAGGCUCCAGGCAACAUUCUAUGAGGAACGUGAGGAGCCAGCAGGACUCAGGGGACAGAGCACAAAGACUAGAGCCAGAGGUUUGGGUCCCAUAUGGAGUGACGUUUGUGCUUCUCCGUUACGUGAGCUGUAGGUACCCCCUAAAGGACAGGGAUUGUCUCCCCACUUAAAAUCUUCCUCACUUCUCAGACCUGGGCUUGUGGUCACCUUGCUCUGACCCAAGCCGGUCUUGCCGUUUCUAGAUGCGAGUCCAGACCAUCCCGUUGGAAGGUCAUGCCCUUAGACAAAGCCACCCUCUCCCCUCACUGCCGUGUCACCCACUGGUGGCACUCUCCUCUGUUCUCCAUGACUGGGCUCCUGCUCACUGUGAGUCUCCCCAACAUUGCUUCUGUCCUAAUACGUGGCUGUUUCAACAGACGCAGAAAUAAUCCUUCCAUUAACGUGGCCUCUGGGCUCCUUGAACCUUCCUCCUCCAGUGACCUUGUCCCUCUUCCUGUCUUAACCACCCCUUCCCAUGCCAUUUCCCAGGCCUUGCCUUAACCAAACCACCCUCUGACGAUCCAGUUUCAGGCAUCUCUUCGACACACUAUUCCUAUAUUUCCAGCUUGCCUCCCACCCCCAAGAUCCCUCAGUAACAAGCCAGUGACCCUGCUAGGACUAGGACGUGUAAUGCCUUGAUCUUGCCUUCCCACUGUCCCUCCCCCACACCCACAUCCUUUCCCCCUCACCCAGCUCCAGGGCUCCAUUAUUGCCAUCAGUCCUCUGUCUUGCUUUGUCAAACUUGUUUGGCAUAACCAUAGUCUGGUGAAAUCCAACUCUCUGCCUACUGCAUACCCGCCUUCAUGAAGCUGCAUGGGACUGAAGAAAGACAAGUUGGCUCCACAUUCACGCCUGUGAACCUUUAACGGGCGUUUCAUGCUUCCCAGUCGACAUCCCUUCCUUCCUAUUCGUUAUCUCCUUGCUCUUUCUGGUCACUAUUGCACACUAUUUUCCCCUUCAUAUGUCCAUAAUCUUUUCUAUUGGCUUCCCUCUCUGAUGAUUUGUUUCUUACUUGGUUUUUUAAAAAAAUGGAAAUAAUUGAAUCAAAUUUCUGCAAAUGCUCACUUACAUCUACCCCAACUGCCAAUAUCUGUACUUGCAUACUCUGCCAUCCCUCCCAUUGCUGUAGAUGGACUGUAUGCUGUCAUCUGAUGCCAACCCUACAAGUAAAACUGCCACUUUUGAUCUGAAUUUCAUCCAUUCUCAUCUUGAGGUGGUCACUCCAGCAAUUUUCUCCUCUCUCCUGCAUUCUUAUUUUUCCCUCCUUCACUAGAUAUAUCCCGUCAAACAAAGUCCUCAUUCCUUCCACCAGCCACAAUCCAUUUCUAUGGUCUGGUCUAAAGCAGAAUGUCUAGAACAUGUGUCUAUUCUUGUUGUUCCCCAUUCCUUUUCCUCACUCAUCCGGCUCUUGCCCCCACACACACAUUGCAUGGAAAAGAAAUUAAAAGAUUGUCCAUGUCGCCAGUGACCUCCACUUGACUGAAUUGCAUGGCCCUUUAUCAGUCUUUCUCCUGCUUGACCUGUGAGCAGCCAUUGGCACAGCUCAUGAUGACCCUGUCCUGGAAGCACUUUCUUCACUUGGCUUCCAGGUCACCACUUUUUGGUGUCCUCCUGUCACCAUGGCCAUUUCUUCUGUUUCCACUCAUGAUACCCCUGCUUCUUGCCAACUUUCUCAUGUUGGAAAGCCCUCGGGCUUGUUCCUUGAACAUCUCUUCUCUGUAUAUACGCAGUUCUUGGGGGGGAGUUCAUUCCCUUUCAGCUUUAUGAACCGUCUGCCUCUGACAUCUACCAGGUUUCUUAUCUCCACCCUUUUCUUCUCUGAACCCCCAACUACCAUAUCCAGCUCCCUAUUCAAUGUCCCCAUUUAGAAAUCAAGAAGGUAUAUUCUAAAGUGUCCGAGAACUCAUGCCCUGUCUUCUCGAAAGAACUUACUCCACCCUUAUUCUUCCCCAUGUCCCUUAAUAGCAGCUUCAUUCUUCCUGUUGCUCAAGUCCUAAACCUUAGGAUCUCUCUGACUCCCUUACCCACAACCUCACCACUAAUCCAUUAAGAACUCAUAUUGGCUGAGCCAUCAAAAUUUGUAUAGACUCAGACUGUUUCUUACUACCUCCUCUACUCCCCAGGUACCAAGCCACUCUCUUAUGUAUUAAAGCAAUAACUUGCUCACUGAUCUCUUUUCCCACUUUUGCCUGAACUUUUUCUGUAUUCUCAAUAUAGCAACUGGAGCAAUCCUACUAAAAAAGAUGUCAGACCAUGUCAUUCCUUUGCUCAAAACCCUUUAAUGGGGAGUUCCCUUGUGGUCUAGCAGCUAAGGGUCUGGCAUUGUCAUUGCUGUGGCUCGGGUCACUGCUGUAGCUUGGAUUUAAUCCCUGGUCUGAGAAUUUACGUAUGCUGUGGGCACAGCCAAAAAAAGAUCCCCCCAAAAGCAGAACACCCUUCAGUGAUUUCCGUUCCUCUGAGAGUAAAAAAUCAAAAUCCCACAAGUGGGGCUGCCUGUGAUCUGACCCCUUUUACUCACCCCUGCUGUUCUUGCCUAGCCUGUCCACUUUUCUCUGACCUCCACUCCACACUGCUUCUUGAUCACAUUAGGCAUGCUCUCAUCCCAGGGCCUUUGCUCUGGCUCUUCCUUCUACCCACAGUAUACUUCUCCCAAGGAUCAGUGCAGCACUCUGCCUAUCCCCUGCCCCCAGCCUUUAUUCAAAUGGUACCCUCUCAAGGAGGCUGCACCAAUCUUCCCACUUAUGAUUACAACACCUCAGCCCACCUGCUUCAUUUUUGUUGUUGUUUAUUGACUGUGUCGUCCCUAGAAUCUAAGCUUCAUCUUCCCAGUACCGUGAACAGUGCUAGCAUGUAGUAGAUGCUCAAUAAAUAUUCACUGAGACUAUUCAUUUCAUAGAAAGUUCAUAUUUACCAUUUUUCCUAUUGCUCAAGGCCCUUUACCUAAACUCACCACUUUUUCUUCAGUGUACCUUUAGCUAUUCUCUGAAUCUCUAUUGAGUGCUUCCCAUAGGCCAGACCCAAAGGAGGACUGUGAGUGUAUAUGGAUCAACUAAGAUACAGUCCUGCUUUUUAAGUCCUAGAAAAAUUCCUGUCAUCCCCUCUGCCCUGUUAGCCUCCUGCCCUGGGUCCACGAGGUCCUUUCUUCACAUGAAUAUGAGUAGAGCUCGACUUGUGACCUUUUAUCUUUCUGCACUCCCUGUUCACCUGCAGUUGUAAGUUUGCAGUUCAGUGGUUGCUUCCAGACAGACCAGGCAAGGAGAAUUCUCUUGGAUUUCAUGUGCUGGGUCCAGGCAUUCUAUUUCAUUGUCACAUGGACUUACUGGUUAUAUAUAGAACCCAACCAACCAUAUGAGUCCUUAUUCUCAUUAUUUACUUGGCAGCUCCUUAUCACAUUGCCUAAUCAUCUGUUUUUCUUUCGAGUAUUCCCUUUCCAUUAGUUGUAAGCAGCGGUUCCUAGUGAGUUGCAUGAAUUACACAUUUUUAAGUUGCCAGUAUUAGAAAUCUCAAUUUAAAUCAGCUCAGACAUUUCUAGAGCAGCUCGAUUCAGGAGCUCAAAUGAUGUCAAAGGACCUGUUUUUUUUUUCCCUCCAUCUAUAAACUCUGUCUUCUCCAUAUUGACCCUAUUCUGAGGCUUCAGAUGGCCUCAGAAGAAGAGAUGGCCACCAUUGUUCCUGACUCAAAGAAAGAAAAAGCUUCUCUUUGAAAAGUCCAGACGAGAGAUUUUGGCCUGGCUCUUACCGGUUCCGAUUUGCUCAUAAGUCCAUUUCUGGACCUGGAGAUGAGUCCAGGACCUGGGCUGAAGAAAAGAGGGACUAUGUUGGGUAGCCAAAACCAGCUCACCCCUACACAAAGAUUCAGGACCCUUAACUUGGUCUCUUCUUUAAAAUGCCCUCACGUACCACCAGUGGACAGAGGGCCAUGUUUACCUGCAUGUGUCCUGUUUUGUGCCUCUUUGCCUGCCUUUGUGACAGUUUCGGUCACCUCUUGUUCAUCCUGUUGAUGAGGGAGGGAUUUCUCCCCUAUCCCGGGGUUGGCUGAACAUACACACUGGACAGACGAGACUGCCAGCAGGUUAUUAGCCCAGAUACAGGCCAGAAGAGGAGGACUCUGUGCCAGGCAGGGCCACGUGGAGGUUGCGCUUGGGAACAGAAUAAACCACCUGUGACUUUGGGAGGCAAGCUCCAUAGUAUGGAGAGAGUGUGGUACCCACUGAUGCCUAUAGCGGCCUGGAAUUGGCUUGAAUAUUCCACUGGCUGGCAAGGAAUUGAAGCCUGCAACUUGGGAUUGUCAUCCCCGUCUUGACCAACGAGAAGAAUCACCUAGACUGGCCCCAGGUGGUAUGUCUAGAUGUCCAGCGACAUGCCCACAGCCUCCAGGGUGACCUCCUGGUUCUCCUUGAGCAAGUGAAGGGGAAAACUUUGCUGCCUCUUCCAGUAGGCUCAGAAAAAAUGGAACUUGUGGAUUCUGAAAGUGAGACCAUCCUGGAUUCUGCAGAUAAAUCAGUCAUCUACGCCAUUGAGUCUGCAGUGAUUCAGUGGAGCCACCAAAUCCAGGUGGUGCUAAAGAGAGAAUCUUCCCAGCCGCUCCAUCAGGGGGAGAACCCCACCCCUAAGGUGGAGCUGGAGUUCUGGAGGAACAGGUAUGAGGAUCUGGAAUACAUUUAUAAUCAACUGAGAGCAAUAAAGGUGAGGGGCAUGGCAGGGCUUCUGGACAAGCUUCAGAGCAGCUACUUCCCAGCUUUCCAAGCCAUGUUCAGAGAUGUUGUAGCAGCUCUGACGGAGGCCCGGGACAUCCACACCCACCUGGUGCCACUGCAGCACCACCUGGAAACCCUGGAGAGCCUGGAGUUUCCCAAGGUGAAGCCACGGCUGCAGCCUCUGCUGCACAUCGUCUGCCUGAUCUGGGCCACGUGCGAAUCCUAUCGCUGCCCCGGGCGGCUCACGGUGCUGCUGCAGGAGAUCUGCAACCUUCUGGUCCAGCAGGCCUCUCAUUAUCUCAGCCCAGAAGACCUCCUGAGAAGUGAGGUGGAAGAAAGUCAGAGGAAACUGCAAGUGGUUGUGGAGACCUUGAACUUCUUCAAGCAUGUGUUUCAGGACAGAAGGGAGAAUCUCCAUUCUUACUUCAAAGAGAACCAGGAAGUCCGGGAGUGGGAUUUCCAGUCCUCUUUGGUCUUUGUGCGGUUGGAUGGCUUCCUGGGGCGACUGGGCAUGGUGCAGGACCUUCUGGAGACAGCUUUGGAUUUCCACAAAUUGGGAAAGCUUGAGUUUAGUGGCAUCAGAGGGAAUGCCCUGAGCCAGCAGGCCCAACAAAUGUACAGUGAAUUUCAAGAGAUAUACAGGGUCUUCUCAGAGUCUUCCUACAACUGCUUGGACCCCCAAAGUGUGGAAUUUGAAAAGGAUGUUUCUGAGUUUAAUCAGAGAGUCGAAGAUCUUGACCGAAGGCUGGGCACUGUCUUUAUUCAAGCCUUUGAUGAUGCACCUGCUUUGGAGCACGCCUUCAAGCUGCUGGACAUAGCAGGGAACCUCCUGGAGAGACCGCUGGUAGCACGGGAUGCAUCUGAUAAGUACCUGGGGCUCAUCGGCAUGUUCACCAAGGACCUGGAUGCCGUGAGGAUGAUCUACUGUCAGCGUGUCCAGGAGGAGGCGCAGGGUGGGUCCUCCUCCGUGCACAAGAACAUGCCUGCCAUGGCCGGGGGACUCCGCUGGGCGCAGGAGCUGAGGCAGCGCAUCCAGGAUCCCUUCAACAACUUCAGACACAUGACACAUCCCUGCAUGGAAUCUGCUGAAGGAAAGCGCAUGAUACAAAAAUAUGAAGAUAUGCUCUCAUUGCUGGAAAAAUACGAGACAAGACUCUAUGAGGACUGGUGUGAGACAGUAUCAGAGAAGUCCCAGUACAACCUUUCCCGGCCACUUCUGAAACGUGACCCAGAGACAAAGCACAUCACCGUCAACUUUAGCCCACAGCUGCUUUCUGUGCUGAAAGAAAUGAGUUAUCUUCAACCCCAGCAGAUGAAGUACAUCCCCAAGACAGCAGCAGCCAUGUUCUCCUCCAGAGAAUUCUAUCGGCAGCUUGUGGCUAAUUUGGAGUUGAUGGCAAAUUGGUACAACAAGGUUAUGACAACUCUGCUAGAGGUGGAACUUCCAUUAGUGGAGAAAGAGCUACAAAAUAUUGAUCUCUGCCUGAAAGCUGCAGAGGAGACUCUAAACUGGAAAACAGAAGGCAUUUGGGAUUAUGUCAUUCACAUCACCGAUAGUAUUCAUGAUCUUGAACAAAGAAUUCAGAAAACAAAAGACAAUGUGGAAGAGAUUCAAAACAUCAUGAAAUCAUGGGUGUCACCAAUAUUUAAAAGAAAAGAUGGGAAAAAGGAAUGUCUUCUUUCAAUGGAUGAUCAGAGUGAUCAAAUGGAAAAAUAUUACAGCCUCAUCAAAGAAUCUGGCCUUAAGAUUCAUGCCCUUGUACAGGAAAAUCUGUGUCUUUUUUCAGCAGACCCAGCCUCCAGUAUCUGGAAAACUUAUGUUAACUACAUUGAUGAUAUGUUGCUGGAUGGAUUCUUUCUUGCCAUUGAGUGCUCCCUCAAGUACCUCCUGGAAAAUACUGAGUGUAACGCAGGACUCACCCCGAUAUUUGAAGCACAGCUGAGCUUAGCCAUCCCAGAAUUGGUGUUCUGUCCAUCUCUGGAGUCUGGAGCGAAGGGUGGCCUCUAUGACAUUGUUGAUGGUCUUGUCACCAGCGUUUUUAGAGUAUCGUCCUUGGUGCCGCGGCUUUCCCCUCAAAGCGACUCUCCCCACUAUCAGGCUGACCUGGAGGCCAUGGCCGGUUUGGCAGGCAUGAGGGACCAGCUCAUGGAACGGGUCCAGAGCGCGAUGGCCCUCUGCUGCACCUACCGGCACGCACUCAGCCAGUAUGCCUACCUCUACGUGGAGGACCGGAAGGAGGCACUGGGCCAGUUCCUGUUGUACGGGCACGUCCUCACGGCUGAGGAGUUGGAAGCCCACUCGGAGGACGGCAUUCCCGAGAACCCCCCACUCCUCCAUCAGUUCAAAGCGCAGAUCGACUCCUAUGAAAAGCUCCAUGAAGAUGUGUGCAAGCUGGAGUCCACCAAGGUGUUUGACGGCUGGAUGAAGAUUGAUGUGCGGCCCUUUAAAGCAUCUCUGCUGAAUGUAAUUAAGAAGUGGAGCCUCACGUUCAAACAGCAUCUCGUGGACUACGUCACUCACAGCUUGGCCGACCUUGAAGCAUUUAUAAAAGACAGUGAGAGUGGUUUGCUCAAGAAAGUGGAGAAAGGAGAUUUCAAAGGACUGGUUGAGAUCAUGGGACACCUCAUGGCUCUUAAAGAACGGCAGAGCAGCACUGAUGAGAUGUUUGAGCCUUUAAAGCAAACUAUUGAACUGCUGAAGACCUAUGACCAGGAACUGCCAGAAACAGUGUUUAAGCAGCUGGAGGAGCUGCCUGAGAAGUGGAGCAGCAUAAAGAAGAUGGCCGUUACCGUGAGGCAGCAGGUGGCCCCCCUGCAGGCGAAUGAAGUGACCCUUCUCCGCCAGAGAUGCUCGGCCUUUGAUGUGGAGCAGCAGCAGUUCUGGGAGAGAUUUCGCAGAGAAGCUCCCUUCAGGUUUGAUAGCACUGACCCUCAUCAGAUGCUGGAUGCCAGGCACACGGAAAUCCAGCAGAUGGAAUCCACCAUGGCCUCCAUCUCUGAAUCUGCCAGCUUGUUCGAGGUCGGCGUCCCCGACUAUAAGCAGCUGAGGCAGUGCAGGAAGGAGGCCUGCCAGCUGAAGGAGCUCUGGGACACCAUCGGGAUGGUGACUUCCAGUAUCCGCGCCUGGGAGACCACCCCAUGGAGGGAUGUCAACGUAGAGGCCCUGGACUUGGAGUGCCGACGGUUUGCCAGGCACAUCCGGAACCUGGAUAAGGAGGUCAGGGCCUGGGAGGCCUUCACAGGCCUGGAAAGCACGGUGUUGAACACCCUGAGCUCCCUGAGGGCCGUGGCUGAGUUGCAGAAUCCAGCCGUCCGGGAGCGCCACUGGAGGCAGCUGAUGCAGGCCACGGGGGUGAGCUUCACCAUGGACGAGGGCACCACCCUGGCCCACCUCCUGCAGCUCCAGCUGCACCACUUUGAGGACGAGGUCCGGGGCAUCGUGGACAAAGCCGUGAAAGAGAUGGGCAUGGAGAAGAUCUUAGAGGAGCUGCAGACCACCUGGGUUGGCAUGGAAUUCCAGUACGAGCCCCACCCGCGGACCCGAGUGCCCCUGCUGCGGUCCGACGAGGACCUCAUCGAGGUUCUGGAGGAUAACCAAGUCCAACUUCAGACCCUGAUGAUGUCCAAGUACAUUGCUUUCUUCCUGGAGGAAGUGUCGGGCUGGCAGAAGAAGCUGUCCACGGCCGACGCUGUCAUCUCCAUCUGGUUUGACGUGCAGCGCACAUGGUCUCAUCUAGAAAGCAUAUUCAUUGGAUCUGAAGAUAUCCGGGCUCAGCUGCCCCAGGACUCUGCAAGAUUUGAAGGCAUUGACAUUGACUUUAAACAGAUAGCUUAUGAUGCUCAGAAAACUCCAAAUGUCGUGGAAGCCACCAACAAAUCAGGUCUCUACGAGAAACUGGAAGAUAUCCAGAGCAGAUUGUAUCUGUGUGAGAAGGCUCUGGCGGAGUACCUGGAUACCAAAAGGCUUGCCUUCCCUCGGUUUUACUUUCUCUCCUCUUCUGAUCUGUUAGACAUCCUUUCUAACGGCACCGCCCCACAACAGGUUCAGCGCCACCUUUCCAAACUCUUUGACAAUAUGGCCAAGAUGCAAUUCCAGCUAGACGCCAGUGAGAAACCAACCAAGAUCAGUCUGGGCAUGUACAGCAAGGAAGGAGAGUAUGUGGCCUUCAGCGAGCCCUGUGACUGCAGUGGGCAGGUAGAAAUAUGGUUGAACCAUGUGCUCGCUCACAUGAAGGCCACUGUGAGGCACGAGAUGACGGAAGGUGUAACUGCCUAUGAGGAGAAGCCGAGGGAGCAGUGGCUCUUUGACUACCCAGCUCAGGUGGCCCUGACCUGCACUCAGAUAUGGUGGACCACAGAGGUGGGCAUGGCCUUUGCCAGACUGGAGGAAGGCUAUGAGAACGCCAUGAAGGACUAUUACAAGAAGCAGGUGGCCCAGCUCAAAACCCUCAUCACGCUGCUGCUCGGCCAGCUCUGCAAGGGGGACCGGCAGAAGGUCAUGACCAUAUGCACCAUCGAUGUGCACGCCCGGGACGUGGUGGCGAAGAUGAUUGCUCAGAAGGUGGACAGUGCGCAGGCCUUCCUCUGGCUGUCCCAGCUGCGGCAUCGUUGGGAUGAUGAAGCCAAACACUGCUUUGCCAACAUCUGUGAUGCCCAGUUUCUAUACUCCUAUGAGUACCUAGGAAAUACCCCUCGCCUGGUGAUCACGCCUUUGACAGACAGGUGCUACAUCACCCUCACUCAGUCUCUGCACCUGACCAUGAGUGGGGCUCCAUCAGGACCUGCAGGCACAGGCAAGACGGAGACCACCAAGGACCUGGGCCGCGCGCUGGGCAUCAUGGUCUACGUGUUUAACUGUUCGGAGCAGAUGGACUAUAAGUCUUGCGGCAACAUCUACAAGGGUCUCGCUCAGACCGGUGCCUGGGGAUGUUUUGAUGAGUUUAAUCGCAUCUCCGUGGAGGUCUUGUCCGUGGUGGCCGUGCAGGUAAAAAGCAUCCAAGAUGCAAUUCGAGACAAGAAGCAGCAGUUCAACUUCCUCGGGGAAGAGAUUAGUCUGAACCCUUCUGUGGGCAUCUUCAUCACCAUGAACCCAGGCUAUGCUGGCCGCACGGAGCUGCCGGAAAACCUCAAGGCUCUGUUCAGGCCUUGUGCGAUGGUCGUCCCAGACUUUGAGUUGAUCUGUGAGAUCAUGCUGGUGGCAGAAGGAUUCAUCGAAGCACGAUUACUAGCCAGGAAAUUCAUCACGCUUUACCAACUGUGCAAGGAGCUCCUCUCCAAGCAGGACCACUACGACUGGGGCCUGAGGGCCAUCAAGUCGGUGCUGGUGGUGGCUGGCUCCCUGAAGCGAGGCGACCCUGACCGGCCCGAGGACCAAGUCCUGAUGCGCUCCCUGCGAGAUUUCAACAUCCCCAAGAUCGUGACCGAUGACAUGCCAGUGUUCAUGGGCCUGGUCGGAGACCUCUUUCCCGCCCUGGAUGUCCCUCGGAGGAGAGACCUCAACUUUGAAGCUUUGGUUAGGAAGGCGGUGGUGGAGCUGAAGCUCCAGGCUGAGGACAGCUUCAUGCUCAAGGUGGUCCAGCUGGAGGAGCUCCUGGCGGUGCGCCACUCCGUGUUCGUGGUGGGCGGCGCGGGAACCGGCAAGUCGCAGGUGCUGAGGUCCUUGCACAAAACCUACCAGAUCAUGAAACGCCGCCCUGUCUGGACUGACCUCAACCCCAAAGCGGUCACCAAUGAUGAACUCUUUGGCAUCAUCAAUCCGGCCACACGAGAAUGGAAGGAUGGUUUGUUCUCUUCUGUCAUGCGGGAGCUUGCCCACAUCACCCACGAUGGGCCCAAGUGGAUUGUACUGGAUGGUGACAUAGAUCCAAUGUGGAUUGAGUCUCUGAACACUGUCAUGGAUGACAACAAGGUCCUGACCCUGGCGAGCAAUGAGCGGAUCCCUCUGAAUCCCACGAUGAGGCUCCUCUUUGAGAUCAGCCACCUGCGCACGGCCACGCCAGCCACGGUCUCCAGAGCAGGGAUCCUGUACAUCAACCCGGCAGACCUGGGGUGGAGCCCUCCUGUCAGCAGCUGGAUUGACGGGCGGGAGGUCCAGACAGAGAGAGCCAACCUGAGCAUUCUGUUCGACAAGUACCUUCCAACCUGCUUAGACACCCUCAGGACCAGAUUUAAAAGGGUAAUUCCUAUCCCAGAGCAGAGCCUGGUUCAGAUGCUGUGCUGCCUUCUCGAGUGUCUGCUGACUGAAGAGGACAUCCCUGCGGACUGCCCCAAGGAAACCUAUGAGCUUUAUUUCGUGUUUGCUGCCGUCUGGGCUUUUGGCGGAGCAAUGGUCCAAGAUCAGCUCGUGGACCACCGGGCGGAGUUCAGCAAAUGGUGGCUGACCGAGUUCAAGACAGUCAAGUUUCCCUCCCAAGGAACCAUCUUUGACUAUUACAUAGACCCAGAGACCAAAAAAUUCGAACCCUGGUCCAAGCUGACCCCCCAGUUCGAACUUGACCCAGAGAUGCCCUUGCAGGCUUGUUUGGUGCACACGAGCGAGACCAUCCGCGUGUGCUACUUCCUGGAGCGGCUCAUGGCACGGCGGCGGCCAGUCAUGCUGGUGGGGACCGCGGGCACCGGCAAGUCGGUGCUGGUGGGCGCGAAGCUGGCCAGCCUGGAUGCUGAGGAACACCUGGUGAAGAACGUGCCCUUCAACUACUAUACCACCUCGGCCAUGCUGCAGGCUGCCCUGGAGAAGCCUCUGGAAAAGAAAGCCGGCAGAAAUUACGGCCCCCCAGGCAAUAAGAAGCUUAUCUAUUUCAUUGAUGACAUGAACAUGCCCGAGGUGGACGCCUACGGGACCGUGCAGCCCCACACUGUCAUCAGGCAGCACCUGGACUACGGCCACUGGUAUGAUCGAAACAAGCUGUCCCUAAAGGAGGUCAGGAACGUACAGUACGUCUCCUGCAUGAACCCCACCGCAGGCAGCUUCACCAUCAACCCACGGCUCCAGCGUCACUUCAGUGUGUUCGCCCUCUCCUUCCCGGGCGCAGACGCCCUGUCCUCCAUCUACAGCACCAUCCUGACGCAGCACCUGAAGCUGGGAAGCUUCCCGGCGUCACUGCAGAAAGCCACCCCCCAGCUGGUCCACCUGGCCCUGAGCUUCCACCAGAAGAUCGCCACCGCGUUCCUCCCCACGGCCGUCAAGUUCCACUACAUCUUCAACCUCCGAGACCUCGCCAGCAUUUUCCAGGGCAUUCUCUUCUCCUCAGUGGAAUGUGUCAAAUCCACACAGGACCUAGUAAAGCUCUACCUGCAUGAGUCAAAUCGGGUUUAUCGGGAUAAGAUGGUGGAAGAAAAGGACCUUGAUCUUUUUGACAAGAUCCAGGCAGAAGUGGUCAAGAAAAUUUUUGAUGAUCUUGGAGAGACUGUGGAGCAGCAGACCCGAAGCCUGAACAUGUAUUGCCACUUUGCACACGGCAUUGGCGAGCCCAAGUACAUGCCUGUGCAGUCGUGGGAACGCUUGACCCAGACCCUGGUGGAGGCCCUGGAGAACCACAACGAAGUCAACACCGUGAUGGACCUGGUUCUCUUCGAGGACGCCAUGCGCCACGUCUGCCACAUCAGUCGCAUCUUGGAGUCCCCUCGGGGCAAUGCUCUGCUGGUUGGUGUUGGGGGGAGCGGCAAGCAGAGCUUGACACGACUUGCAGCUUUCAUCGGCUCCAUGGACGUAUUCCAGAUCACGCUGCGGAAGGGCUACCAGAUCCCUGACUUCAAGGCGGACCUGGCCAGCUUGUGCCUGAAAGCCGGGGCAAAGAAUCUCAGCACCGUGUUUCUCAUGACGGACGCCCACGUGGCUGAUGAGAAGUUCCUUGUGCUCGUCAAUGACCUCUUGGCAUCUGGAGAGAUCCCGGAUCUCUACUCUGAUGAUGAGGUCGAAAACAUCGUAAGCAACCUGAGGAACGAAGUCAAGAGCCACGGGCUGGUUGACACCAGAGAGAACUGCUGGAAGUUCUUCAUAGAUCGGGUCCGACGACAACUGAAGGUGACUCUCUGUUUCUCCCCGGUGGGGAGCAAGCUGAGGGUCCGCAGCAGGAGGUUCCCUGCCAUCGUGAACUGCACGGCCAUCGACUGGUUCCACGAGUGGCCGCAGCAGGCCCUGGAGUCCGUCAGCCUCCGCUUCCUGCAGAACACGGAGGGCAUCGAGCCCGCUGUCAAGCCGUCCAUUAGCAAGUUCAUGGCUUUCGUCCACACAAGUGUCAAUCAAACCUCCCAGUCCUAUCUGAGCAACGAGCAGCGCUACAACUACACGACCCCCAAGUCGUUCCUGGAGUUCAUCCGACUCUACCAGGGCCUGCUGCGCAGGAACGGAGAGGAGCUCACGGCCAAGAUCCAGCGGCUGGAGAACGGACUGCUGAAGCUCCACAGCACCUCCGCCCAGGUGGAUGAUCUGAAAGCCAAGCUGGCCACCCAGGAAGUGGAGCUGAAGCAGAAGAAUGAGGAUGCAGACAAGCUGAUUCGGGUGGUGGGUGUAGAGACGGAAAAAGUGAGCAGAGAGAAGGCCAUCGCAGACGAGGAGGAGCGGAAGGUGGCCCUCAUCAUGCUGGAGGUGAAGCAGAAGCAGAAGGACUGCGAGGAAGACCUGGCCAAGGCGGAGCCGGCGCUCGCGGCCGCCCAGGCAGCCCUCAACACCCUCAACAAGACCAACCUGACGGAGCUGAAGUCCUUCGGGUCCCCGCCCCCGGCCGUUAGCAACGUCAGCGCUGCGGUGAUGGCACUCACCGCUCCGGGGGGCAAGGUGCCCAAGGACAGGAGCUGGAAGGCCACCAGGGUCACCAUGGCCAAAGUGGACAGCUUCCUGGAGUCCCUCAUCCACUUUGACAAGGAGAACAUUCAUGAGAACUGCCUCAGGGCCAUCAGGCCGUACCUGCAGGACCCCGAGUUCAAUCCCGAGUUCGUGGCCACCAAGUCGUCCGCAGCCGCAGGCCUCUGCUCCUGGGUCAUAAACAUCGUGAGGUUCUACGAGGUGUUCUGUGACGUGGAGCCCAAGCGCCAGGCUCUGAGCAAGGCCACCUCGGACCUCACCGCUGCCCAGGAGAAGCUGGCGGCCGUUAAGGCCAAGAUCGCGCACCUGAAUGAAAACCUGGCCAAACUCACAGCCAAGUUUGAAAAAGCCACGGCCGACAAACUCAAAUGUCAGCAGGAAGCUGAAGUGACCGCAGGCACAAUCUCUCUUGCAAAUCGCCUGGUGGGAGGACUUGCCUCCGAAAACGUGCGGUGGGCAGAAGCCGUGCAGAGCCUCAAACAGCAGGAAAGGCAGUUAUGUGGAGACGUCUUACUUACCGCGGCUUUCGUCUCAUACCUCGGCUUCUUUACAAAGAAAUACCGGCAGAGCCUCGUGGACGGGACCUGGAGACCCUACCUGAGCCAGCUGCAAGUUCCCAUCCCCAUGACCCCCACCCUGGACCCCCUGAGGAUGCUGACGGAUGACGCCGACGUGGCCACCUGGCAGAACGAGGGCCUCCCCGCAGACCGCAUGUCCACGGAGAACGCCUCCAUCCUCCUCGGCUGCGAGCGCUGGCCGCUCAUGGUGGACCCUCAGCUGCAGGGCAUCAAGUGGAUCAAGAACAAGUACGGCGAGGGCCUCCGGGUCACCCAGACUGGACAGAAGGGCUACCUUCAGACCCUGGAGCGCGCCCUGGAAGGCGGAGAGGUGGUGCUGAUUGAAAACCUGGAGGAGUCCAUCGACCCUGUGCUAGGACCCCUGCUUGGGAGAGACGUCAUUAAGAAAGGACGGUUCAUUAAAAUCGGGGACAAGGAGUGUGAGUACAACCCCCGGUUCCGGCUCAUCCUCCACACCAAGCUGGCCAACCCUCACUACCAGCCCGAGCUGCAGGCUCAGGCCACCCUGAUCAACUUCACCGUGACCAGGGACGGCCUGGAGGACCAGCUGCUGGCCGCCGUGGUCAGCAUGGAGAGGCCAGACCUGGAGCAGCUCAAGUCAGAGCUCACGAAGCAGCAGAAUGGGUUCAAAAUCACCCUCAAAACCCUGGAAGACAACCUGCUGUCUCGCCUCUCCUCGGCCUCCGGGAACUUCCUGGGAGAAACCGCCCUGGUGGAGAACCUUGAGAUCACCAAGCAGACGGCAGCGGAAGUUGAGAAAAAAGUGCAGGAGGCCCAGCUGACGGAAGUGAAAAUCAAUGAGGCCCGAGAGCACUAUCGGCCGGCAGCUGCCCGAGCCUCUCUGCUCUACUUCAUCAUGAACGACCUCAGCAGGAUUCACCCCCUGUACCAGUUUUCUCUCAAGGCCUUCAGCACCGUCUUCCAGAAGGCCGUGGAGAAGGCUGCUCCUGAUGAGAGCCUCAAGGGACGAGUGGCCAAUCUAAUAGACAGCAUCACCUUCUCUGUGUACCAGUACACCACCCGCGGGCUCUUCGAGUGUGAUAAGCUGACCUACCUUGCCCAGCUCACCUUUCAGAUUCUCCUCGUGAACCAGGAAGUCAGCGCGGCAGAGGUGGACUUCCUGCUCCGAUCGCCAUGGCAGACAGGCGCCACCAGUCCCGUGGAGUUCCUGUCCCAUCAGGCCUGGGGUGGCAUCAAGGCGCUUUCAUCAAUGGACGAAUUCAGCAAUCUGGAUCGGGACAUUGAGGGAUCUGCCAAGAGCUGGAAAAAGUUUGUGGAAUCCGAAUGCCCAGAGAAGGAGAAGUUCCCCCAGGAGUGGAAGAACAAGACAGCCCUGCAGCGCCUCUGCAUGAUACGAGCCCUGCGGCCUGACCGGAUGGCCUACGCCAUGCGAGAUUUUAUUGAGGAGAAGUUAGGAAGCAAAUAUGUGGUGGGAAGAGCCCUGGACUUCGCAGCCUCAUUUGAAGAAUCAGGACCAGCCACUCCCAUGUUCUUCAUCCUGUCUCCAGGGGUGGACCCUCUGAAGGACGUGGAAAAUCAAGGAAAAAAGCUCGGAUACACUUUCAACAACCGGAACUUUCACAACGUGUCUUUGGGGCAGGGGCAGGAGGUGGUGGCUGAGGCCGCGCUGGACCUGGCUGCCAAGAAGGGUCACUGGGUUAUUUUGCAGAACAUCCACCUGGUAGCCAAGUGGCUCGGUACCCUGGAGAAGAAGCUGGAGGAGCACAGUGAGAACAGCCACCCAGAAUUCAGGGUCUUCAUCAGUGCCGAGCCCGCACCCUCCCCUGAGGGCCACAUCAUCCCCCAGGGCAUCCUGGAGAACUCCAUUAAAAUCACCAGCGAGCCGCCCACAGGCAUGCACGCCAACCUGCACAAGGCCCUGGACAACUUCACUCAGGACACCCUGGAGAUGUGCUCCCGGGAGACGGAGUUUAAGAGCAUCCUCUUUGCACUUUGUUACUUUCACGCUGUGGUGGCAGAACGACGAAAAUUUGGGCCCCAAGGAUGGAAUCGCUCCUACCCCUUCAACACUGGGGACCUCACCAUCUCUGUGAACGUGCUCUACAACUUCCUGGAGGCCAACGCCAAGGUCCCCUACGAUGACUUGCGCUACCUCUUUGGCGAGAUCAUGUAUGGAGGUCACAUCACCGAUGACUGGGACAGGAGACUCUGCAGAACCUACCUGGAGGAGUUCAUUAAACCAGAAAUGCUGGCCGGAGAGCUGUCCCUGGCCCCGGGCUUCCCACUCCCAGGCAACAUGGACUACCAUGGUUACCACCAGUACAUUGACGCCCAGCUGCCCCCCGAGUCGCCCCAUCUCUACGGGCUCCACCCGAACGCGGAGAUCGGCUUCCUGACCCAGACCUCGGAGAAGCUCUUCCGCACGGUGCUGGAGCUGCAGCCCCGGGACAGCCAGGCCGGCGAGGGAGCGGGGGCCGCACGGGAAGAAAAGGUCAAGGCCGUCCUGGAGGAGAUACUGGAGCGGGUGACAGACGAGUUUAACAUCCCGGAGCUGGCAGCCAGAGCGCAGGAGCGCACCCCCUACGUGGUCGUGGUCCUCCAGGAGUGCGAGCGGAUGAACGUCCUCCUCAGAGAGCUCCAGGGCUCCCUGAGAGAGCUGGACCUCGGACUAAAGGGGGAGCUGACCAUGACCAGCAACAUGGAGAACUUACAGAAUGCCCUGUACCUGGACACCGUGCCAGAGUCCUGGGCCAGGCGAGCCUAUCCGUCCACGGCAGGCCUGGCAGCCUGGUUUUCGGACCUGCUGAACCGAAUCCGGGAGUUGGAGGCUUGGACAGGCGACUUUGCGAUGCCCUCUACCGUGUGGUUGACAGGCUUCUUCAACCCCCAGUCCUUCCUGACCGCCGUCAUGCAGUCCACGGCCCGCAAGAACGAGUGGCCCCUGGACCAGAUGGCCCUGCAGUGCGACGUGACGAAGAAGAACCGAGAGGAGCUGAGGAGCCCCCCUCGGGAAGGGGCCCACGUCCACGGCCUCUUCAUGGAGGGCGCUCGCUGGGAUGCGCAGGGCUCCGUCCCACGCUGUCCUGCACACCUCAGCUGGCUCCUCCUCUCUUCCCACCCAGCCUCUCUCAAGAACCUACGACGGCAUUUCUUUGCCUUCUCAAGGCAGGCUGGCUUCAUACAUUCUCCAUGGUCUGCUUCAAGCAAAGGAAAAGAAUUCAUCAGAUCUCACUGGGGAGAAAGGAUGCCUUGCCAGACAGUUCCCAGCCUUGUUCCUUUUCUCCCUCCAUGGAUCUGGGGUCUUUAGUCGAGGUGAGAGUGUGAGCGAGUGUGUGUGUAGGUGAUGAGGUAGGUUUGACAGUUGAUUUUACGUAACAGCAAAAUUAAAAGCAUGCACAAGGCAAAGGGUGACCGCUGUUUUACAACAGAACCAGUUCGCAUUUCUUCACACCCGUCUUAAAUGAUUUAUAUGAAGGAUUUAUUGUUGCUGCUGUUUAAUGAAACUUGGGUGCAUGCAAAUAAGCAAAAAUUUAUUUCUCUGCUCGAUUGUCUUGUUUAUUUUGUUGGGGGUGGGUUGGUUUUUUUUUUUUUU